CUCACAUCUGGCAUUGACAGACAGACAGACAGAGAGAGAGAAAGAGAGAGAGAGAGAGAGAGAAUCCAGGCUGACCUCAAACAUCCGUCAUACAUUCACAAGGGAGGAAUAGAAGAACAGUGGACACUACAAUCAUACACUAAAGCGGGAAGCUAAAAAUAAAGCGUAUUGUGUUUUACGUCUUUCCCCUUAAAACAGCCUCGCUGUCUCUUUGUACAGCAAGGUGACGCCGCGGACCAGAUGAAGAAACCGGUGACGGCUGUUGCGGAAGGCAGCCCGCUCACACCCAGCUAGACCGCUAUCAGGGGAUUAAACGGAGAAGAGAGAGAGAGAAAAAAAACGAUUGUAGUUUAUAUGUGUGUGGAAACCGAGUCUCUGUGGGCUAGUAGUAGUAUAAGUAUUUAGAUUAUUAUGUGUCGCCGUUUACAAUGACGACAAAGCGAAAGUCAGCCAAACUCCAGCUGCGCCGGUCGAUCAGCGAGCAGCUGCGGGACUCCACGUCCAAGGCUUGGGAUCUACUGUGGAGGAAUGUCCGGGAGAGGCGCUUGGCAGAGAUUGAGGCCAAGGAGGCUUGUGAUUGGCUGAGGGCUGCAGGGUUCCCACAGUACGCCCAGCUCUACGAAGACUCCCAGUUUCCUAUAGAUAUAUUGUCAGUAAGGAGGGACCAUGACUUCUUGGACAAAGACCAUGUGGAACCGUUGUGUCGACGUCUCAACACCCUGAACAAGUUUUGCUCCAUGAAACUAGACGUCAGGCACCCCAGGAAGAAAGCUGAUGAUUCAGACGAGGAUUCAGACCCGCUGGCCAUCAGUAAGAGAUGGACCUUUGAGUGGAACUGCCAGCGCUGGUCCCGCCUCCAGGACGUGCACUUCCUGCUGGGCUCGCCCAAUGAGAGCAGCCCUGAGGGGUGCCAGGGCGAGGGGGAGGGGCUGCUGCGGAGCACGGUGAGCAGUGAGAGCAUCUUAACGGACAUCAGCGAACCAGAGAUCACGGAUAUAUCCUCUCUUCACAGCCAAGAAUCUCUGGGAGCCAUGCUCCCUGACUCGGUCUCUAUGGCAUCGCUGGCCGGGCCCUACCAGCCUCCAAGGGACAUGUCCCACUACAACUCUCUACCAAUCAAAAGCAGACAUCAUGGCCAGGGUGGGCGGAGUCCGGCAAAGUCCUUCCUGCGUCGCAUGGAGAUGAUGCGUACGUGGGGGCUGUCCUCCAAGAGGAAGACAGGAAGUGGACGGGCAUCGUUGGUCGUCAGUGGGCCGGUCUUACAGGGGGAAGAGCCCCAUGCGCUACAGACACUCCACUGUGUCCCCAUCAACCAAUUAGAUGGCAGUCCUCAUCCUCUCCACCAAUCAGACAACAUCACGUCCCCUGUUGCCCAUGGAGACGGCAGCGAGGGCCGAUCAGAGACGAGCAGUGUGAGUUCCAUGAGCCCUAGUGUGAGGCAGAGAGUCUCUAAGCCCCGGCCUAAAAGAAGAAGUGUUUACCUAGAAGACACGGAGCUGCUCUCUGGCGCCCCCCAUGGCUGGAGGACUGAAGCACAACAGAGCCCAAUCAGCAGGAACCACUUCCGCUCAUACGAGGACCUGCUGGUCCACAUCCCCAAGGACCACAAACCAGGCACCUUCCCCAAAGCCCUGUCUAUAGAGAGCCUAGCCCCGGUCACCGAUCACCAGACCCCCUCUCCCUCUCUACUCUACCCCAGUCAAGGCUCCCCCUGGGAGGGUACGGCUCUGUCCAAGAAGCCUCCCUGUCCUGGAGCUCCGCGGGGAAGCAGGGUGAGUGUGUAUGACAACGUCCCCGGGUCUCACCUUUACGCGUCCGCAGGUGACCUGCAGUAUCUUGACCGAGACGAUCACCUGUUCCCCCACCUGGAUGACAUCAUCAGUCACGUCAGCGGCCUGCAGCAGAUUGUAGACCACUGGAGUCGCAGCGUCCUGCCAGAGGGGCAGGAAGGGGAGAGAGACGGGGUCUCCCUAAAUGAUACGGACCCUACAGGGACCAGAGAGAGGAGAGACUCUGGAGUGGGUGAUUCCCUUACCAGACCACGUCUCCGGUGGCCGAGCUUCCGCCUGUCUGACCGCCUGUGCCAAUCAGACUCCUCGCUACAGAUCAGUACCCAAUCAGCUGUCCAGCUCAGCCUGCUCAAGAAGUUCUCUCUGCUCCGACUCACAGCCAUCAUGGAGAAAUACUCCACUAACAAACAUGGCUGGACCUGGUCUGUCCCUACGUUUCUGAAGCGUAUGAACGUUCAAGACAGUAGAGAGAAGGGUGUGUUCGGGGUUUCCCUCAUAGUACAUACACAGCGUUGUGGUUACCCUCUACCCCUCUGUCUACAACAGGCCCUGAGUCAUCUCAGAACACACUGCUUCGACCAGGUGGGUCUGUUCCGUAAGUCAGGUGUGAAGUCUCGUAUCCAGGCGUUAAGACAGGAGUGUGAAUCCAGUCCUGACAGUGUGUUUUACGAGGACCAGUCAGCGUACGACGUAGCAGACAUGGUUAAACAGUUCUUCAGAGACCUUCCUGAACCUCUACUGAUCAGCAAGCUGGGAGAGACCUUCCUGCAUAUAUACCAGUACGUCCCUAAUGACCAGAGGUUGCAGGCCGUGAGGGCCGCCAUCUUGCUGAUGUCAGACGAGAACAGGGAAGUGCUCCAGACGCUACUCUUCUUCCUGCGCGAUGUCACUUCCUGUGUAGAGGAGAACCAGAUGACCCCUAUGAACCUGGCUGUGUGUCUGGGCCCCUCCCUGUUUCAUCUCAACAUACUGAAGAACGACAACCUGUCCCCCAGGUCCAUCCAGAGGAAGUAUGCUACAGGUCGGCCCGACCAGAAGGACCUUAAUGAGAACCUUGCUGCCACACAGGGCCUUGCUCACAUGAUCACUGAGUGCCAACGCCUGUUCGAGAUCCCACAGGAGACGGUGAGCCAAUCCUGUAACUCCUACAUGGAGGCUGAGUUACUAGCGCCCCCUCUGGACGAGCUGUGUAAGACACGUGAGGAAGAGGAGGAGGAGGAGGAGGAGGAAGGGUCCUACCACACACUCAUGGAGGGGCUGGUGCGACGCCUACUAAAGGAGGCCAGAGACAAGAGUAAAGGAUGGGUGUCGAGGACCACCACCGACCACACUGAACUGGCCUUCAAAAAGGUGGCUGAUGGUAACCCCCUGCGGCGGUGGCGUGUGUCUGUGGAGGUGUGUGCCCCGCCCAGUGAUGUGUUGGAGAGGCUGCUGAGGCAGCGCCCCCUGUGGCAGACAGACAUGCUGCAGGAGAAGGUUCUGGAAACCCUGGACAGACAGACAGACAUCUACCAGUACAGCCUGAAGAGCAUGGCACCACACCCCAACACUGACUAUGUGGUACUGAGGUCAUGGCGUAACGAUGUGUCUAAGGGUUGCAGUGUGUUGGUGUGUGUGUCAGUGGACCAGGAGGACAGUCCAGCACUGGCUGCAGUCAGAGGGGUAGUUCUAGAGUCCCACUACCUUCUGGAAUCCUGUGGAACUGGCAGGUCCAGACUCACACACAUCUGCAGGGUUGACAUGAAGGGCAGGUCUCCAGAGUGGUAUAACAAGGCCUUCGGUCACCUGUGUGUCUCUGAGGCCCAGAGGAUCCGUUCUUCCUUCCACCCUACACCCCCCUCAGGCCCUGAGACCAAGAUCUGAACCCCAGGAAUAGGUUCUGAGGCUGGGCUACACCGGCAGGGAGCAUGGCCCCAUGGACCAGAGGAUGUAAAACUUGGAACCAGGGAUACUGAACAGUCUAGAACUUGGAAGUAGGAACACUGAACAGUCUAGAACUUGGAAGUAGGGCCACUGAACAGUCUAGAACUUGGAACCAGAACACUGAACAAUCUAGAACUUGGAACCAGGACACUGAACAUUGGAACCAGGACACUGAACAAUCUAGAACUUGGAACCAGAACACUGAACAAUCUAGAACUUGGAACCAGAACACUGAACAAUCUAGAACUUGGAACCAGGACACUGAACAUUGGAACCAGGACACUGAACAAUCUAGAACUUGGAACCAGGACACUGAACAUUGGAACCAGGACACUGAACAAUCUAGAACUUGGAAGUAGGAACACUGAACAAUCUAGAACAGGGGUGUCAAACAUACGGCCCGCUGGUCCAAUCUAAAACGAUGAACCAGGGACAGUGAAAAAUCUAGAACUUUGUUCCAUGUCCAUGGUUCUAUCUAGAACCUAAAACCAGGGAUUUGGAACGAUCUAGAUUGAACUUGAAGACAGCUCUGGAAUCCUACUGCUUUAUCUCUGCUCUCAUUAUCAGCAUCACUGUCCUUUUUAAACUACUAUCAUUAUUAUUCAUAUUAUUAUCAUCUGUAUUGUCUGUGUUAAUUAUAUUAUCUAUUGUAUUAUUAUUAUUAUUUGUUAUAUUAAUAUUAUGAUGUCAUCAUUGUUGUAUAAUCGUUGAUUUUGUUAUGCUGUUAUACAAUGUCUAGGACAUUCACCCAUUUCACUGCUUCUGGGAAGCGUGUCUGUAACUGUGUGUGUGUGUGUGUGUGUGUGUGUGUGUGUGUGUGUGUGUGUGUGUGUGUGUGUG